AGUAUUUAUGCAUCGAAAGCAAAAGAAAAAUCGACUAGCGUAUGGUGCUGACAAUAAGUGUCGUUCAUCCAUCCAUUCGAUGCACCCCAAGCAGCGUAAAAUUCAUCCCCACAAACGCGCUAACUAAAAUAGGGUUGCUAUAGUAAAAUAAAAUGUCAAUACUUGGUCGGCAUCAAAAUGAGGAGAUAUCAUUGACGUUUUAUACGCAUAAAGGGUAAAAAUAUUGAUAUCGGCUUCAAAAUUAACUCUGCUUCUAACGAUACUUCUAAGAUACAUAAAAUUUCAUUUAAAUAUAUAAAGUUUGUUGCGAGAAAUAAAAGGGUGUUUUUGAAUCAAAUAUUGGAUACGAAUUUGUAAAAAUGUUCUUCACAGAAUAUCGAUAUAUCUUUAUAGAAGAGGGCGGCUCCGCCGGUUCGUUGGCGCGGCGCGGAAAAGCUCACGAUGAAUUUAGUAUAGCGCUAGGGAGCAUGAGGUAGUCGCGGACCACACGGAACGGAACGGCUGACUCCAAUCAAUACGUUCGUCGCGCGUACGCGACGGACGGAAGCAAGCCCGCGGCGCGCUUUGCUCUACUCCACAUAGUUGAGCUUUCAGUCGGACGCACGCUCGCGUCGGAAGCUCAUGCGUCGACGGUACCGUGCGCGGUUCACCGCGAGACUUCACGUCCACCCGCACCGUAAGCGCGCACCCCGACCCUGGCGCGGCGCGGCACGGAUCGCACACCCUGACAAGGUGGAGUAGCGUCUCGGGCGGCAAAAUGGCGGCCGCGAUAAGAAACAAAUGAUCGGGAGUGGUGAACGACGAUAUUGAGAGAAAACGCCUAGGCCGGCGUGAUUCUUCUCGGUGGUGCGCGGAAUCUCAGUGCUCGCUCUCGAUCGCGCGAUCGGGGCGGCUGAUAUUCAGCGUCGCUAGGGAAGAGAAGGUCGCGCGGCAACCGCGACGCGUAUUCCACUCCUCGGAAGAGAGAGAGAGGAUCGCCCGGAUUCGAAAUCACGAGGGUGGUCAUGAGGGAACUCGUCGCUGGACGAUAGUCGCGUGCAGGCGCGCUGACGUGUGAGCGUGAUUCGAUUAUCGAUCACGGAUCCGCCGGCGGAACGAGGAAGCGCGCACGGCGCGAGAAUGCUCGCGAAAGGAGCGAUGUGGAAUCCGGCUGCGAAGCGCGUAGUCGGGGCUGCGGAAAACGGUGCCAGUUCAAUGGAUUGAUGGACCUGCCGAUGGGAAUCCGAUCGCGUUGCAACCAUGCAUCUGCAUUUCGAGAAGAACAACAACGCCAAGUGCGACUGCAAUAUCUUAUCGCUCAGCUGGAUGGGCAAAGUGCCGGACGAGUCGCCGGAGGACGAAGGAUGGAAACUCGACCGUACAAAUUACUAUCAGGAAGGAUGGUUAGCCACCGGCAACGCCCGCGGCUUGGUGGGAGUGACUUUUACCACGUCACAUUGUCGUACCAGAGCCGCGGAACUUCCACUCAGGGCGAAUUACAACCUCCGAGGGCACCGUAGUGAAGUCAUACUUGUCAAAUGGAACGAACCUUAUCAGAAACUGGCCUCGUGCGACAGUUCGGGUGUGAUCUUCGUCUGGAUCAAAUACGACGGACGAUGGAGCAUAGAAUUAAUCAACGACAGAAGCACGCCUGUUACGCACUUUUCUUGGUCUCACGAUGGUCGAAUGGCUCUUAUAUGUUACAGAGACGGUUUUGUACUGGUUGGCAGUGUCGCCGGUCAGAGGUAUUGGUCGUCAAUGCUGAACGACAAAGCGACAAUAACUUGCGGCAUUUGGACUCCAGACGAUCAGCAGGUCUAUUUCGGCACGACCGCGGGCCAGUUAAUCGUGAUGGACGUUCACGGAGCUAUGGUCUCAGAGGUGCAAUUAGCGGCCGGUGUUACAUCGAUGGCCUGGAGCGCCGAAAAGUUCACGAUGGAGGAGGAUGAGACGUGUGACCGUUCUCAGAAAGAUGACCGAAAUUACGUACUGGCCGUUUGUCUCGCCGAUGGCAACAUCGUCAUGUUACGAUCGUUUGACGAUGUGUCGCCUAUUACAAUACGCAGCAAUCUAAAACCGCCGUUGCACGCCGAAUGGAGCAACUCGAGGAAAUUACUCGCUAUCGCCGGCACGAAGGAGUCUGACGUUCAUCCGAGCAAUCCGCAAGAGUACACGAAUCUUCUCAAAUUUUAUUCGGUCCAUGGUACUCUCGUGUACACGACGGAAAUUCCGUACACGCAAUGUCCUGUAUCGGCGUUGACAUGGGGACACAACGAUAGACGGCUAUUCGUAGCGACUGGAGCGCGCGUCCAUGCAGCAUGGGUCUCCAGAAGAGUCGGUUCGCUUCAGUUAUUGUCGAGACUGGCGGUGAGAGCGGCUCUCACGAGGGAAUCCAGUGUUCAACAACUUCCAUUACCGCCGCGAUUAAGAGCUUCGGUAGCCGCUCUCUUCGCCAACACAAUACGAUGUUCCGUACCAGAACCGAGAGAACUGCGACGCUUCGUAUCAAGACCACCGCCGGGAGGCAGCCGCUUGCACUGCACCAUGCUUAGACAUGCCGAUGAACCCGUACCGUGUUACACGUUGUACCUGGAAUACCUAGGCGGUCUCGUGCCACUUCUCAAGGGCCGACGUACCAGCAAGAUUCGGCCCGAAUUCGUAAUAUUCGAUCCACAAAAUCAGGAGGCGCUGCAGCUGUUCGACGAUACGUCGCAGUGCCCGUCGUAUAGCGACGGCUCGGACACCGAGAAGGACACCGCGGAUUUGUGCGGAUCGCCGCGAUAUAGGAAAAAGAACAGAAAACGCCGGGAGGAGAGAUCGAGCGACGAAACGGCGGAACGUGACGAAAGGACGAACGAUCUCACAUACGUGGAUACUUUACCGGAACACGCGAGACUGGUCGAGGUAACGUCCAAUAUCUGGGGCACGAAAUUCAAGUUUCACGGCUUGGCUGAUUCGAUACCCGCUAACCUAGGUCAGGUGACCUAUCGUACGUCGUUACUGCACUUACAACCGAGGCAAAUGACGCUCGUGAUGACGGAGCUUCGGGAUGAUUUGCCCUCGGGUCCAGAUCCGACGUUCAAUCCCAAUCUGUUCUCCGAAGACGAAGAAGAGUCGUAUCAAGAAGCGAGUUCACGGACCACGCCGGAAACGCAACCGCCGCCGAUCGCACCGAUGACCCCUCGUAAUGCUCGGCUGAAUCAUCCGAAUCGACCAAAAUCUCAGAUCUCAAAUCAGUUUUUGGCGACGGAGGCUCUGCCUCCGUCGCUGGGGAAGAUCGAAAACUACGAGAGCGAGUAUGUCCCGUAUAUGGAUCUGCAAGACAUGGGUAAUCUGUACGAAAAUAUUAGAAACGCGCCGACAAAUACCUAUCGUACGCCGCCGCGGCACAAUCCACCGAGAUGCUGCGACGUGCCGGCUUUGCAGUCGCCGAAAAACGCGGUAGCGCCCACGCAAACGUUAAUAGCAACAUCGAAUGCGGGCGCAGAUUACGCCAAUAGCAUUCAGAGGAUGAAGAACGUGCUCGCGGAUCAGCAAGCGACGAAGAAAGAACUGGAAAACAAUAAGCUCAAUCAGAUCUCGCAGGACGACAAGCCGAACUUGGCAUCCACCGGCCCAACGAAUAUCAUUUCUAUGCAAAACGGCCAGACGCUGAACGCGGAGGCGUCAAGCAGUCGAUAUAUCUCGCAAACCCCGAUUGUCAAUGGUUUGGAAAAUACCGAUUACGCCGCUACGCAAACUGUAUACAUGAAUGGUCUAAAUAAUAUGACGUACGCCGUGGUUAGUGGCGUCCAAACCGCGACGUCGCAGAGCGCUCAGAAUUUUGUACAUAGUAAGAAUAAUCAAAAUACCGGGGCGAAUGCGGCGAGUUCCAAUGCGACACCGCCUUCGAAUAAUUCUCAGCUCGGGCAAGCUUCGAGUCUGCUUAAUAAGAACGGCGUACACGGAACAGUCUCGCCGGCGUGUUCCUAUCAAUUCCCGGAGAAUAUCGAUCAGUGUUUUGCUUCGGCGUGUUCGCAAUGUCUUUCGAAGCAUAAGGAUCCCAAGUGUCACGUGUGCCGUGGUAAGACAAAUCCCGGUUACGUAAACGCCGAGUCGCCUACUAAUACCAAGCCCGAAGACGAUCUCAUGCGAUUCAGCGACGAGGAGAGCCGCGAAAACGCAGAGAUGCUGGAACAAUCGUGCGGUGUUCACAGAACCUCGACGGUGAUCAGCAUCGGUCCGAUGUGCUCGAGUGAUUCGAUAGUUCGGAGCUGCAGCGUCGGAUAUCUGGAUCUGGUGGAUGCCCAAUUGGUUCCGUGCGACGUAGCCCUACGGAUGCUGCGGAGAGACGCGCCAAACAAGAGACUGGUGCUGGUGUCGCGUAAAACGAAACGGCGAAAAAGAAAUAAGCCUCAGCACGAAGUGAGCCAGCCGAAUUCUAAACCGCCCAGGCUCCGCAACUGCGGCAAGUCCAAGAGUCUCGAUUCUAGCGAUAUCUUCCCGAGUAACGAGCAGAUAGCCUUCCCGCCGCAAUUGCCGGAACACGUAGAGGAAGCGACGGGAUUAAUCAAUUCCGAGAUUGCUGAGGAGAACACGGCAAAGUACAGCGAAUCGACGGAAUCGCCGAAGAAUGUAACGAGAAGCGAGAUUGUCGACAAACGCGAGGAAAGUAACGAGCACGUCGCUUAUGAAACUCAUAGAGAGACGUCGAGUCGACUGGAAGCGGCUGCAUCUCCCGUAAAAGGAUCGAGCCCGAGUGGAUCUUUCGCUUCGUCGCUCGACGGUCUCGCCGCGAGACUUCGAGAUUUCGACGACAGUCAUUCUUUGCCACCUCCUUCACCCCGACCAUCAUCGAGGCUGCCGAGGAGUUCGCCCAGCAGCCCGGCGCCAUCCAAGAAAGGCAAAAGGCCGGCGUCAGCCUCUCCGAUACGAAGAAGGCUCUUGUCGAGUCCGUUGUUGAGCAGAAGAAUGAGAAAGAGCCGCGGUGAAAGCUCGGACGAGGAGGGACUUCUUCAAGACGAUUCCUCGUCGACGACGAGUUAUCGAGAUCUGGAAACGUUUCAGAAAGCGCAACUCCGCCAAAAGCUGAAGCAAAGAGGAGCAGGUAUAUCCGGUUCGAAACCGGAAACGAUAAGGCGCGAUGCGCAGCUGGUGAUGCAGAAUAAAGCACCCAUGUGGAACGAAUCCAGUCAAGUGUAUCAGCUCGAUUUCGGUGGCAGAGUAACUCAGGAAAGCGCCAAGAAUUUUCAGAUCGAAUUCAGGGGUAGACAGGUGAUGCAAUUUGGAAGAAUAGAUGGCAACGCGUACACGUUGGACUUUCAAUAUCCGUUCAGCGCUUUGCAAGCGUUCGCCGUCGCUCUGGCAAAUGUCACGCAACGGCUUAAGUAACUGUCACUCUCCAACACGUCUAAUUAUAAGUUGCACAGUGGAAAUAAUAAGGCUGCAAGACAUUUGUAUUUGAGAGCCGUGUUAAAAGGAUCGAGAAAUCGGACAAGUUCGAUCUCUAAUGAACAGUUCUCUGAUAAGAAAUUUACACGACUUUCGAUUGUCAAGAUCGCGAAGCUCCGUUCGCCGAUUCGCGAAUUAUCCAAGACAGUCCAUCAAUAAAUUAUUGCUAAUGAUAAUAGUCGAGCGACUCGUGUAAUUCCUAAAAAUAUACGUCGAUUUUAUCACGGCCAUAAAGGAUCAUGUAGAGAUUGGCAAGAACGGAUAAAUCGCGCAUUUUUCGGGCAAUGUGCAAAUUGAUGAAAUAUAUAUGCUAAUUCGCGAGUGCAGUUGCGAGCGAUUUGAAUUUGAGUGGAACACAAAAAUUUUGCGGCAGCUAUGUAAUGUUUUCGUUAAACGCUUUUCCGUCGUACCGUCCAAAAUAUUUCGUUUCUCCCAACUUCGAGCGCUCAUUUUGUAUAGUUUAUGCGACACGUUGGAGUCUAGUGACGCUGUUGAAGGUACACCUCGUUCAUUUUUGCGGUCUCCGCCGAAUGUGUAUUCGAAUUUUAUAUACAUAUACUAUAUAUAUACAUAUAUAUAUAUAUAUCAACAGAUUCGUACGCACGGACGAGAGUUUCAUGUUGUUCAAUUAAAUGUUUCUUAAUGCGUAUGAUGAAAAUAACAUAAUAAUGAUAACGAUAAUAAUAACGAUAAUAAGAGUAACAAUAGUAACGUAACAUUUUUGACGUCCGGCCUGUAAUGGUCUUCGCCAUUAAUGAUAACAGGACAGACUUAUUUCUACUGAGAAAGAUGGAAAGGUCAGAGCGAAAGUACGUGUAUGCGAACGUAUGCAUCGAGAUAACCGUCGUUUGUAGUACUUAACCCGAGUCGCACGACUUAAACCGUGGUGCUCACUUCGUCGGUUUCGAAAGCGACCGAUAUCGCGAAUCGCGAUCGAUAUCAGGCCUAUGUGGCACAAAGUGCUGCUGCUGGCGAAAAAUUUGCCAUGUCAAGUUUCCGUCACCGGGGCGCCCGAAAUAAUAAAAAUCCGACGUGAGAUUCUGCACAGAUUAAUAUGCAAUGUAAAUCACAUCAUUCUGCAUUGCCAUAUGUAUAUACACAUGGCAUUAUUAAUGUCUUACACUUUCGAAUGUUGAUUAAAAAGUUCACAGCUAUUUAAAUACUUCAUUGAUUGAUUGAAAAGCUAAUAAUUAGUAGAGCAAAUCCAAAGCGAAAAUCCUAAAUUACAAAUGUAAGACAUUAUCGAUGCCCAGCGUUACGUAUACUAUACGUGCAUACAAAUCAUCGAUAAAAUGCGAACCUCACCGAUCACUGUAAAAAUUUCUGAAUACGGAGAGUCAAGGUCUACUUACAGAUUACGCCACAUUUUUCUUUCAUGCAAAUUCGCGGCAAGGUAAAACUCUCGAAUCAUGUAAAAUAGAUUUUUUUGAGAUUUUUUUUCGACAUUUGCGACUCUGCGCCUGGACCUUGAAUUAUACAAAAUAUAGGAUCAUAUUUUCUCACAACAUCAUGUCUACAUCGUGAUGACGUGUUUACAUCGCGUAUUAAUCACUAGAAUCACUGAAAUCACGCAUGUCGCUCUACGAACAUCGACGGUGCUAAUCGAGAUUUAAAUUGCGUAUUCGCUACUGAUUCGCUCGUGACUCGGCGCUGAGUCGGGACGAAUGCUCACAAACAGAAGCUGUCGGAUGAAUACGCAGUUUUAAAUGUCUUUACACCGCCGAGUUGUACGUUUCGAAUUUACACUUCAAAGUUACACUGCAUUCAUAUUCUGUGUUCGAGACAUCCUACACUCACAAACGAGAACCGUAGAACCUUUCGUCGGAUAUUCGCACUAAUCGUCGAAGUACAGAACGGUAGGUCGUACGAUUAAUUCGUUUUCUAGUCGUCCUUAGUAUUAUCCAUUCCCGUUCGUAAGCCGCAGCAAAUAAUUGUAACGUUGAGUGCUACUUUAGCAUAAUAUCGCAAUGCGAAUCGCGAACUCAUGCACGCAUACGAUUAAGUUUGAGGUCAAAAUUUAAAUAUAUUAUCACGUAAUGGGAUUUUCUGAAAUCGUGAAAUUUCUGAUAUUAAACGGAGUAGUCAUUAAUCAAGUAUGAGUUCGCGAAUUAUUCGUAAUGAUAGGGCGAAGAAUUUUGUAUUCCGAGUGCAGAUUUCUCUUUCAUUCGCGAGCGCGGAAUGCAUUUAUUAAAAAAACAAUGUUUCCUAAUACAAUUAUAAAAAUGAGUGAUAUAGAGUUCUCACAUAGCUGCUAACUUUUAAAUACUAUUGAUUGCAAAAUGAUAUAACAAGCAUAAUAUACUCUUCUUUUCUUUUAAAUAAAAAAGAUAGAAGAGCAAAAAUCAUAUUUGAAUAUGAAUUACUUGAAAUCAUGUAUUCAGAAAAUAAAACGCGCGUGCGACUGAAGGAUAACUCAGCAUCAAUUUCGUGUUACAUCAAUCGAUUAGCAUCUCAUUCCGCCAUGCAAUUCCGAUCGAACAUAUCUCAUUUGUUGUGAGAACGUCGCAUCUCCCUUCGGCUCAGCCGAGCAAAGCGGAUUUGAGUCACGCGAUUAAACAUAAUGUUACAUUAUCGUGUUAAGGCCUCCCCAAACAGUAUUCUCUCGGAUUUACACACAAGUUUUAUGCAUAUUAGAACAAUUCACGUAUAAUUGAAAUUUAUUCGCGUACAACGGGAUUCACAUAAAAAUACGUAUGCACAUUGCGUAAAGAGCUUGCUUCAUUUCUUAAGGAUUUAGCGAUCUAAAGCUUUUUUUUUUUAGUAAAAUGUGGUUUGAGAAAUGGAGCAAAUCAACAGCGACCCGAUAGAAAUACAAUCAUAAGGUCCAAAGUAUAUAUAAACAGUAAAAAAAAAUGAUAAAGAAUAUAAAACUCCCCACACAGCACACAUAUCCGUAAUCAAAAGAUGUCCAGAAGACAUUUCGAAGAUAUCUUUGAGAGAUACGAUAUCUUCGGGAUAUCUUCUGAACGUCCACCGGAUACAUGCUGUAUGGGAGAUAUCGAGAUUUAAUGAUAUUGCAGUAAGAAUGCUAUUGCAGAGUAAAAGAUGUUAAGUACACAUAUAAAAAUAAAACUCUUACAUAUUUGCAUACAAAAUUAUAAAAAUGACACUUUUAAUUGGUCUAAUUCAGAUCAACUUUUUGUACCGCAAGUUGAUUUUGUACCGCUUUUAGAUAUGCGUGCUGUGUGGGCUCUUAAACAGUUUUAAAUUUAUUUUAAUUUGCCCUACUAUUAAAACUAAAUUUUGCCGAAAAAAUAUGGAUCACUAAUCCUUGAGAAAUGGGUCGUUAUCUUUGGAGAUUAUUGUAUAAAACAACGCGCGAGAACGAUUUUCUAGUCAAAUAAUCGAUGCUGUGAUUAUCCGUACACAUAAAAUAAAAUUUAAAAAAUCACGUACUUUUUUUGUAAUCUUCGAGAAUUUUAGCGCAUUGUAGGAUCGCGCGAUGCUUCAACGCCAUUGAAUAGAGUGCCUACAUUUGCAUUUGACGAAAUCGCCUAUUUAACAUACGAGAUUAAUACUCGACGAGUUUCAACGAUCGAUGUAAUAGUUCAAAAACCUAUAUUCCCGUUUCAGAGAGUUUGAGAGACUUUGUUUUCACGCGUAUUUCCACACAUUUGCAUUCAGGCCAUACAUUUUCCAAGAUAUGUGUCUAAGAAGGAAGAUCAAGAUUUACAAAGCAUCCGUCACGUCAGGACUACUUCUUAUGCAGCUGUAUUCUUGCCGGGAGGGCGCUAGGUGCUAGGCGCUGAACAGAUUUUUCUUCAAGCACACUUCAGAUCAGACUCUAGCGCUGUCCAGUACUCCAGUAAGAAGCUAGCGGGUUGGUGGUGGUGAUCGCAGCAGUGUUUCAUAAUAUCUGAGUUAGUUU